GAUAUCUAUCUAGGCUUUUGUAACUUACUUGUGCUUGCAGAACACCAGACUCACUAGCCCCAUGAUAAACAAAGAUGACCAAAUAUGUCAUUACUGUUUUCAUUGCGUCGGCCCCAUGCGUUUACUUCUGCCAUCAACACCGUACUUCUAUGUGUGCUAACUGUUACUCCAGAUGUCACCGCCGUAGGAAUUUGAAAAUUACAAAUAAACAAGAAUGGCAAUAUUACAAAGGCAUAAAAAAGCAUGACAUCAAAAUGGUGGAGAGUGGAAUUCAAUUGGAACAUAGAUAAGUAAAAGAAAUGGAUGAUAGUAAAUUCAAGAGUUGGAAAAUGACCAGAUUUAGAGAAGACAUAGUGAACAAGAGCGUCAGUAA